AUGUGGAUAGCCAAUGGCUAGCUUUGUCCCUAAGUGUAUGAGGAAAUAAUUUCAUCUUAAUAAUUUCUGGUGUAACUUGAGGGAGAUUAACUAAAUCAUAGACCAUAUAAAAUUUUUCUAAGUGCUGAUGAGGUUCCUCUAAAGGCAAUCCAUGAAAAUUAGGAAGCAUUUGAAAAAUUCUUAGAUUUAUUUCGAAUUUAACAGUGGGUGCUAAUGGGACUCUAAUAUUGGAUGCUCUUUGAAAUGAAUUAGGGAUAUAAUAAUUUUUCAUGGCCAUAGGAUUGUUCUCAGUUUACUUGUACUUUCUUCAGGAUCUAUCAAAAUUAAUUUUUUUCUUUCGGAUUUUUAGUUUUAGAUGAAAUAAUGGAAGGAUUUUCUAGCCUUGGAUGCAAGGAUCUUCCACCAUGCAUAAAAAAAAUCAAUAAAUUUGAGGAAAAAAAAUUUAGUAAUUGUUACCCUCCUUCAGUAUGCUCCAGUCCUUGCCUUGCUUCUUUUUGUUCCCUUUUUCUAAAAAAAAAAUUCGGCAAGAAAAAAAUAAAACAAGAGUUAAUUUUUUUUUUUGUGUGCUCUAAGAGAAAAACAGAAGAAUACUAAAUGUAUGCAAUACAUCCCCGGCAACGGCGCCAAAAUUUGACGUGACUUAGUUGUUGUAUAUUAAAUCACACAAAUAUAAAAUUUAUAAAACUAGAAAAUAUGAAUUUUCGGAUAUUUAGAAGUAUUUCUGAACAAAUAUAUCAAUUAUAAUUCAAUAAAACUUCCAAAAAUAGCAACCAUGCCGAUCCCAAGGAUGUAAUAUAAUAUGUGGUAAUUAUUCAGAAUUAUCUGCAAAGAAUACUAUUUUCUAUGAAUUUUAUACUAGAAAAUGAAAAGGAAAUAUAUUUAAAAUUCACAGAAAAAGAAAAUAAGGGUGCGGACGUCAGGAUGACGUCAGCGCUCGGCAAACUUGAAUCGGGCAGAAACAGAGUUCCACCCGACGAUUCUUACGUAAGCGAUUACAGACGAUUUAAUUGAUCAAAUUAAGAUCUGUAAAAGCCGAAAGAAUCCUAAUUGAAUGAAGUAUAUUUUGGUAAAUUAAAAUCACAUAAAUUAUCACUAAAUGAAGCGUAAAGUAAGGUAAAAGCAGGAAAACAGAGUUCCGGCAUCGCGGCAGCGAUGCAUUGGUGAUGCAUUGGAAUCGUGAGCGUUCGGGAGGAUAGUCGUGCAGUGUCUAUAGCCUUGAAGGCUCUCCUUGGAUAAGGAUGAUGUGGGCAAUCUCUUGAUCUCCUUGCAAAGUCUAGAGAUCAAUGAAAUGGGUUGUCGAACCAUCUCUGAUGGCUAUCACCUGGCGGAGCGGAAAAACGGCGACUUUGCGGCUCUCCAGCGGCUGUCACCCGACAGAGAGGAGCUAGAUGGAGGUGGGGCGUGUGUCAAGGAGCUUCAUCCUCAAGUCCGCGUAGCAAGAGUAGGCUCUUCAUCACAUCUGGUACGCUCUCAAGAGGUGGCGACUCAUCUCCCGGCAGAUCGUCCUCUUCCUGACGACAGCUUGUUCGUCGAUCAAUCGGAGAUGCUUUACUCGAUAGAUUUGCAAUUCUUUUAUCAUGAAUCGUUCAGCAAUUUUAGUAGCAAUGCUUCGCAAAUCACGUUGACAAGAUUUUCGCCGAUGAUCCAGUGAUUUUUGUUGCUUAAUCCUUCAGCGGUGAUCUACAGGAAAGUCGCAAUAAUUAGAUAAAAAAAUAUGAGUUUUGGCUCUAGGAGGAUUCGAACCCGCGCCGGUUGCCCCACCCCUUCUGGGAAGGUGACGCGAGUUUAGUCUCACAUCGAUUGUGCGUCGAAUUUUCAGGCAAAUAUAUAGUAAUGUUAGAUUUCUAAGCAAGUCCCUUUCUCGCGCGUGUAUGACCACUCUUUGCCCCAUAGCCGGCUGGCCACCGGUGACGUGGAAGGGGAGUGGCACACGCGUGCCCCCAUCGAUUCAAGCCGCUCGAGCCCCUGCUCACGGCUACUCCCCGACUGCGCUUCCGACCCGCUUGCGGGUCUGGCUGGCCGGCGGGUCCCCCCAUUUUACUAUAUUUUUAUUUUAAUUUCUUUUCCUUCAUUUAUCUCAAAUAUAAGACUGUAAAAAUCAUAUAAAAUCACAUAAUUACCUAAAAAUUCACGUUAAUCAACUUAAAACCACUUUUCACACUUUAACACAAAUAUAAGUCUAUUUAUCAUGAGUUAAGGCUAAAACUAUACUAUUUACUAAUUAUUAACUCAUGAUAAUGAAGACUUAUCAGUCACUCGACGGAGAGGAGCUAGAUGGAGGUGGGGCGUGUGUUGUGGAGCUUCAUCCUUAGGUCUGUGCAGCAAGAGGAAGCUCUUCAUCGCAUCCAGUAUGCUCUCAAGAGGUGGCGACUCGUCUCCCAGCAGAUCGUCCUCUUCUCAACAGCGGCUUGUUCAUCGAUCAAUCAGAGAUGAUUUACUCGAUGGAUUCGUGAUCCUUUUAUCGCGAAUCAUUUUCAGCAAUUUUAGUAACAAUGCUUUGCGAAUUACGUUGACAAGAUUUUUGUCAAUGAUCUAACUAUUUUAGUGGCUUAAUCCUUCACUAGUGAUCUACAAGAAAGUUGAGAUAAUCCUUCAUUGGGCUCUAGGAGGAUUCGAACCCGUGCUGAUUGUCUGCCUACAUGAGAGAGAUUGAAAUAAGUACUCUAAUACCCUUAUCAAGUGACAUCAUCAUAGUAUAUCUCUAUUAUAACUAAGGAGUAAUUUAGGUAUUAAAAUCUUCGAAGCCUUUCAAGGGAAGGUGUGAUGUGGGUUUAGUCCCGCAUCCCUUGUGCACCAAAGUUUUAGGCGAAUAUAUAGUAAUAUCACAUUUACAAGUAAUGAGUACUUUUCUCUCACAUGUACGACCACUCCUUGUCUCAGACCUAGCUGGCCACCGGUGACGUGGAAGGGGAGUGGCACACACAUGCCCCCAUUGGUCCUAGUCACCCGAACCCCUGCUCGUGGCUCCCCCCGACUACGCUUCUGACCUGCUUGCAGGCCCGGUUGGCUGGCGGGUCCCCUCUUUUUGCUAUAUUUUUAUUUUAAUUUCUUUUUCUUGAUUUAUCUCAAAAAUAGGAUUAUAAAAAUCAUAUAAAUGCAUAGAAAAUUACUUAAUUAGCUAAAAAAAUCACAUUAAUCAAUUGAAAACUACUUUUCAUAAUUUAACAGAAAUAUAAUUUUAUUUAUCAUGAGUUAAGGCUAAAACUAUAUUAUUUACUAAUUAUUAACUCAUGAUAAUGAAAACUUAUCAGUGGUUUCCUAUUAUGACAAAAAAAGACAUUAUAUUAACAAAUAAUAAAGGUAAAAAUAUUUUACUUGAAAAUAUUAUUAAUUUACUUAAAAAUAUUUUACGUGUGCUCUUAAAAAAGUAAAAAUCUCAUUUUAUAUGUGUAAAACUAUAUACAAAUUUAUAUACAACAGAUUUUUCUCAAAAACAUUUAAUAGGGGUUGCAUAUAGAAUUAUGUAACUCUUAAUUACAAUUGUACAUUCAACUACAAUCAAAAUAGAUAAUAAUUUGUUUCAAUAAAUAGUUUCCAUGAUUAAUUCAUCAUCCUCAUAAAUGUGAUGGUCAGCACACUUGUUAAUACAAUAACUUUCCUACUUAUACUUAAAGUCCUACUUUAGACAAGAAAUUUAUUUUCCACUCAUCAAUGGAAUGAAUCAAGAUUUGACGAUGGCUACAUUUUGCUUCAAGUUUAGGAAAACAUCUAGAGGGUGCAAUGUAUAAAAGGUAUAUAUGAUGAUAUUCAUCCAUGUGAAUCAUAUAAGAUUUAACUUUGUCAAAAUAUGCUUUUCAAAUUGAAAACAUUACAAAGCAUAGCUAUGUGACUUUUAUUUCAAACUCCUCUUUAUCUACCCAAUCUUCUAUGAAUUUAGAUGUUUCUUAAUUUUUAGAUCAUCACUAAAGAAAUCAUACUUUUACUAUGAUGGGAACCAAUUAUGGCAUUACAUUACUUUCAGUUUUGGACUACAUGUGGUUCUGAGCACAUUAUGGGGUGGAUGUGUGUCCUUUGGUGGACACAUAAGCUUCCAAUACAUAAUUAUUAUUUCUUCAUAACUUUACGUAUUCUAAUAAAUAAUAUUUAAUCAUAGUAAUUAGUAAUUAUAAAUAUAACCUAAACUAUAAAAUUCGUGCCAUUUAAUCCAAUACUUGUAGUGUUCAUUUAUUUAAUGAUAAAAUUUUUAUUUUUGGUAAACUAUAGUAAUUAUUCAUUGCAACUAAUCAUUAUGAUUGUAUGAAAUAAUAUUAGAUUUCUUCCCUUUAAUACUGUAUUUUUAUGUGCCAGCUUUCUUAUAAAGAAGUAAUAUUCAUUAUUUAUGCAUAAAACUUACAUUUAUCGGUCUAAUAAUUGUUUCUGAUAAUUUGUAAGUGUGAAUGUACUUAAACAUAUUAUAUUCCUGUACUUAAUAGGUUACGUCUAAAGUGGUGCCAUUUCCAAGGUGAAUAAAUAGUAGGUACAAAACAUUUCUAAAGUUUAAAUGUUGGCAAUAAAUGAUACAUAUUCCUAGCAAAAGUAACUAUUAUAUAAAUAUCUACUUAUACUCACGCCCUCUAAAUGAUUGUCUUAUAUUAUUAUCAUUGAUUGAUAUAGUUUCUCUUUUUGCAUAAAUAUUAAUUACACACCUUUAUCAAUAGUUAUGAUUACAUUAAAAAAAGUAUUAUAUUCAUGCCCUUAAUAUGAGGCUUUUAAACUAUCAUUUUCUUUAUGAAUAAAUAAGAACAAUAAUAAUAAAUAAUUUAGUCAUGAGAUUUAUGUUUUCUCAAUUGGCACUUUACAGAUUUUAUUUAUAUUCUUACAUGUACAUGGUCAUGGUCUGUCAUCAAUCAAACAUUUUAUCCGUUUCUUUCUAUGACACUCAUCUUCUUCAUGAUUUACCUGCAAUCUUCCACGUUUUUGGUGAACCUGUUGGAAACAUGGUCAGCCUAUUUAACAACAGAUGAUAGAGCCAUGAAAAAGAGAUAAAACCAUCUGACAUAAAAUAAAAAUAUGCGAGGUAAUUUCAGUGAUGUCAUGUUUGCAACCACCUUCAAAAUUGCAUCAAUCCGAAUGGUCUUUAACAGGGUGCAGGGGGGGCAUAUCAAGCUUCCAAAAAGAGAAAUGAGCUUCGAGUAGGUGGGCUGCUCAACAAAUUGUAUCUUCUUCACUGCUUCAAGGAAUUGUGCGAAAGGAGGGGGACAGCCACCACACAGCGUCUCGGGGGAGGUUACAGUCUUGUUCAUGAAGACUAGAAACCUCUUGUCAUUCCCCUACAUAGUUGGCAUAAGAAUCAGCAAGUGAUGAAUCAAAGAGAUGGGAGAACAUGUACAAGUAGAGGUGGAAGCAAACCUGAUAGCCUUCCCACGGCAGCCUUCCUUUAAUCAAAAAAAUCAGAGUGUAGGCCAAUGACUCAAGAUCAUCUCUUCUACUCGCUGUGAGGCCUAAAUGUGCAUGGACGCUUGCAUAUCGUGUUGUGCCCCUAGGGAACAUGAGAUAGAUAGUAAGGUAGGGGUAAGAUUUUAUGAAUCCUCAUCUUAGCUAAGAAUUUAGGGAAAAAAUAGAAUAUCGUUUCCCAAAAAACCUGAAAUUAUCUGGCUGUUGGCAUAAUCUGACAUGCUGGCCUGACAAACUGUCCCUCCACAUUGAAGCUGAUUAAAAUAUUAAUGACACCAAUUAGCAUUUGUACAGGCUCUGAACAAAGCACAAAAAUAUCACUGAUGUUGAUACAGACAGGGACUUCUCAGUCAAGACAAAUUUGUUUAUAUACUUGGAAAAACAAACCCUACUCUAAAAUCAAUAGGCACGAGAGGUGAAAACAAGAAGUGAUUGGAAUGCAGCAACAUACCCAGCCCAAAGUCGAUGAGAAAAAGCUUCUUCUCCCCUGAGCUUCCGGGUUUACCCAACAAUAAAUUCUCUGGCUUGACGUCUCCAUGCACAAACCUGGCAUGUUUUUUUUUUGUGUGGGUGGAGGGAGGGAGUGCACAAGGGAGCAAUGAAUUAAUUACUGUGACCUUUGCGAAAAUAUAAUUGAAAAAAUAUCACACUGCCACAAAGCCAUACAUACCCUUUUUGGUGUAGCUUCUCAAGGAUGGAUAUUGCCUCCACAGCAAUACAAGCCACCAUAUUUGGUGGCAUUCUGUCCAAGGAGUUAGUCAAACUCAAUAGCACAAUUUUCAACAGAAUAUUGACUUUGAAUAUGAAGUCAAGAUUAUUUUCUUACACUUGCCCAAUGGAUAUGAACACAUCCAGAAGACUUGGUCCAAGGAUGUCCAUGAUCUGCAGCAAUCAUCAUCAACAAUAUCAUAACUAGCUUUCAAUAAAAAAUAUAAUUCGAGGAAACAAUAAAAUGAAAGACUCUACGCCAACCAUGACGAAAUAAUCUCCUUGGCGGCCCUUGUAGUGCACCCUAGGUAAUCCAUAGCAUCCCUUGAGAUGGCUAAAACCAUAUUCACAAAGUCAGGUGAAGAACAUAGUUUUAGAUCGACACAAUACGUAAUAAAUUAGAGCAGUAGGGGGUGUCUUCUUACUCAUAAACUUGCCAUUCAUAUGGGGGGCCAAAUCUGCAACCCGUGCUAUUUCUAUGCUCAAACUUCAGUGCUACCUACACCCACCGCAGGAAAAUGAAAGAGACAACAUAAAACAGCAGUAUUUAAAGAUUCCCGUGGCAGGAGUGAUGGGAGGUUGAAACUAAACCUUAAAGGCAUUGGGCCCAUUGCCCUGAGAUCCACCAGCCACCCUUCGUCCAAUGUAGACCAGCCCAAAACCUCCUGCUCCCAACAUUCUCUCUACCUUGUAUAAUGGAGAAUUUCCGACCUGCACCUGUCGAUUUUGGAUAGGACAUUCCUAUUGUCAAGAUGUGAUGUGCUUUGGGAUGGGGAGAGAAAGCUCUCUACAGUCGCCGUCAAGGAAAGGAAUGAGGGACGUCGAAGCAUGUACCCGAUCCGGGAUGGGAGACAUCCUCGCUUCCUCCUGUAGCCCGACAACCUCGUCCACACUUCCUCCCUCGAUUCCAGCUGCUUUCUCAACAGGACAGCCCGCCACCAAGUUCUGAUGGCUUUUCUGGGUGGGGAAUAACGCUCGGGAGAGGUGCAGGUACGGAGGGUGUUGUUUCCUGCCGGAAAUCACCGGGUUCUUCUCCAGACCCUGGUCGAUCGCUCAGCGAUCUGAAAAUCGAAUGUGCCCCUUGAUUCAACACGCUCACCCGUCACCGUCAAUCGAUAAACCUUGCUGAAAUAAUCUUUUCUCCUCCAGACUGUAACACUCAUCCGUCCCCAAAGAGCAAUCUGAUGGAAGUCUAAAGAAGAAGAUAGAUCCCCCUACCCAGACCAAACAUCAAAUCGAAUCAGCAACGAAGCGGCAAAACAAAUCGGAAGAAAGUAAAUAAAUAAGAGGAAGGAGGAAAGCCAGAGCUUUCUUCAGCAAUCUCGCACCACCCGCACCACCGCAGGCAACCGAAAGUCCAAAUCAAAGAAAAUAAAGAUCCCAUCGAAAGAGUCCACAAGAAGAUGCCCCCGACACAGAGAAAAUCACGAACCCAUCGAAAGACGGCACUAGAACAUAACCCCCGAAUCAACGAAAGGCGAGAAUUCGUCGAAAGACGGCACCAGAACAUACCCGGAGCGGCCUUUCAGGGAAGCAGAAGCCUGGGAACGUACGACCUCUCCGUGAGGCGGCGCCGACCGUGACCUCGGCGUCUUCGGCGGUGGACUCCUCCACCGGAUGCGGCCUCCCACUCUUCCUCCGGAUUCGCGCACGAGAAAGGGAUCCAGAAGAACUCGACGGAGAGGAGAGGAGAAGGCGGCCGGCUGUCCGAACUCCGCCGUGCUUCGUAGAGCGAGGACGCAUCCACAGAAAGAAAGCGAGAGCAAGAUAGAGUGAGAGAGAGCAGACAGACAAAGGGAGCGAGAAAAGGCGCGAAAGAAAGAGAGAUCAAUGACAGCCUCACUCUAUCACCCGCUCCUCUUUUACGUUCUGCCAUUAGGUACGGAUCUCCAAUUACAUUUCUCUCUGGGGUCUGACGUAAAUUGUGCCAAUUUCUGUUCACGAUGUCCAUUGAAAUGUCGUCGAAUCCGUGUGGGCCACGUGUCCCACAUCUGCUUAAGUCUCAUGCUAACUCGUCGGUUCUGCUUCCACUGUCGACCUGUUGAUGGUUUCUUUUAGCCUCUGAAUAUUCCGGCCCAUUGGGUCACUUGGCUCGGCCCAGCCCAACUCAUUCUGAUUUUCUUUUAUUUUAGACCUUUAUUAAUUCCUAAAAAAUAUCAAAAACUCUUAGAAAUUAUGAGAAAUUCUAGAAAAAUUCAGAAAAUCCAGAAUAAAUUCUAGAAAAUCCUAAAACUCACAUAAAAAAUAUUUCAUGCAUAAUUAUUUAAAAUUAAUUAUCUUAAAAUAAUAUUAAAAAUAUUAAAAUGCAUGUUUAUGUAUGAAUGAAAUCUGAAUACGUACGAAUUAAAUGUAACAUGUAUAAUUUCUAUUAAUUUUAUGCACUAAAUAUUGAUAAAUAUAAGGUAAAUACAGAUAAUGAAGACUUAUCAACCACAACAUAAUAACUAGACUAAGAUGAUCUAGUUCAAUCGUUUUCGUCCACAAUAUACUAUCAUUAGCCAUUUAUUGUCGCACCACAUACCCAUGAAUACAACCUAAAACUCCUUCAUACUUCAAAGAAUAAUGAUCAUGGUAAAGAAUUCACCUAUCUUUUUUUCAUGAGAUCCACACCCCUAAUCUAGAGAAGGUAAACUUUUCUAAUUGACUUACCCUUUCAAAGGAGCAUUAGGCUUUGUUCGUUUAAGCAUACGUGUUUGUGCAAUAAUCAAUGCAGCAAAAGUUUUAAAAUAUUCAUAACAUUUUUGAAUUUUUUUUGUUCUCCCCCCUACUUGAAUGAUGCAUUAUCUCUAAUGCAUGCAAAUGAAGGAAGAGAUAACCUCCCCCCUACUUAAGUCUUGCAUUGUUCUUAAUGCAUGUGAGAGAAGGGAAAAGAGAAGAAAAUUCUGAUUUUUAUGCCCCAUCUACUACACCAUUGCCCCUGAAUGGUUCUAACUAAAGCACUCGACCAAUAAAAUAUGUCUAAAACAAAAGCUAGUAAGGAAAUGCAUAAAAAAAAAUGAUAGUUCUCCUCAAGAUAAAUUAUGUGCAUACACACAAAUAGAUCAAGUCCUCAAAUAUCUACUAGAGACCAGCCAAUCACCUCUCUCUAUGUACUAAGCACAUCAAGUAAUCUAUUCCCUUGAUCCUUAGACAAAUACGAUGAUAUAAUCAUUGGAUAAGCUUGAUGUCAAUCAAAAAAUACAUACUUUAGUGAAGAUGGUUGAUAAGUCUUCAUUAUCAUGAGUUAAUAAUUAAUUAAUAAUAUAGUUUUAAUCUUAACUCAUGAUAAAUAGACUUAUAUUUAUGUCAAAUUAUGAAAAAUAGUUUUUAGUUGGUUAAUUUGGCUAAUUAUGGGAUCUUAUGUGAAUUUAUAUAAUUUUUAUAAUCUGAUUUUUGAGGUAAAUGAAGAAAAAAAAAAAAAAGAUAGAAGAAAGAGGAAACUUGCCGCCUAGUCGAACCCACAAGCAGGUUGGAAGCAUAGACAGGCGGAAUCGUGAGUAAGGGCUUGAGCAGCUAAAGACGGACCGAUAGGUGACACAUUUGUGUCACUCCCCUUCCACAUCAUUAAUGGCCAGUCAGGCAUGCGACAAAGAGCGGCCGUACACAUGUGAGAAAGGGACACAUUGAUUAUCAAGUCUAGUAUUACUAUAUAUCAACCUCAAAACUCGGAAUAUAAUUAAAUGUGGGACUAAACCUGGGGUCACAGUCUCCGAAAAGUUUUAAUAAUUUUAAUACCUAAAAUAUCCCUUGUUUAGUAAACCACACAAAUUUAAAAUUUAUAAAACUAGAAAAUACUAAUAUUUAGAUAUUUAGAAGUAUUUUUGAAUAAUUAUACCAAUUAUAAUUUAAUCAAAGUUCUAAAAAUAAUGGAGAUUUUUUAGGUCAAUCACAGGGAUGUAAUAUAAUAUCACGUAAUAUUUUAGAAAUGUUCUCAAAUAAUACGAUUUUUUAUGAAUUUUAAACUAAAAAAAAGAAAAGAAAAUAUAUUUUAAAUUUGUGAAAAAGGGAAAUAAAGGUGUAGAUGUCAAGAUGAUGUCAGCACCUAACGAAUGGGAACCGGGUAGAAAUAGCAUUCUACUUGGUGAUUUUUACAUAAGUGAUUAUAGACGAUUUAAUUAGUCAAAUUAAGAUCUGUAAAAGCUAGAAGAAUCGUUACAAGAAGUAUUUUGCAAGUCUUGUUGAUCCUAAUUUCACAUGUGGAAGCCCCACGAAAUCAGCUAAGGUGCUACUACGAUUUUUUUAUUUUUUUUUCUAGUGUAAUCUUUACCAUGUUCUAUCCUUUUGUCUCAGGUUUAAUCAUGAUUAAUGAUUUGUAAAAGCAUCAACUAAUUUGAAAACUUUUCAACCGACUACUGAUCAAGAAAGAGAAGGAUUCAAUUUACUACUCAUAGUUAAUAAUAAGAAUUCAUAACAUAAAUCCGGCAGAAGAUCAAAGUAGAUUUUCUCAAUUUAAGAGUGUGGGUUAUAUGCACCAUGAAAGAUCAUGAACUUCAUCAUUUAGUUUAUAAGCAUUAUAGCACCUGAUGUAAUCUCAUGUAUUCACCCUCAUGCAUUUAUUCUUCCCCCCCAAACAACCAUUCGCAUUGUCCUCAAUGCAUCUAUAUAAGAGAAAAAAGAGAAAGCAUUAAGUGUGCAAACUGAUUUUCACUCUUCAUCCUUCUGAUUUUCUUUUGUAUUAAUCUGUGUCAUGAUAUGCACUUCCUCUAGAAUGCUGGAUCUGUUCGCUUAAUAAAAACUCAAGAAAAACAUCAAAGGAUAGAGAAAAAUAAUAAAAAAGGAAUGUAGUGGAAAAGAAUCUAGAUGAUUAUUCUUGGAUGAUUAUUGAUAAUUGGAACAUCUUGUAAAUAUUUCUAUGAGUGAAGAAGUGAUAAAGAUGAGAAUAGAAGAAGUGAAGUCUAGAUUGUUAUUCCAAGGAGUGCUUAAACAUUUAAGUGCUUGACAUCACCUCCCUCCUACUUAAGUCUUGCAUUGUCCUUAAUGCAUGUGAGAGAAGGGAAAAGAGAAGAAAAUUCUGAUUUUUAUGCCCCAUCUACUACACUAUUGCCCCUGAACGGUUCUAACUAAAGCACUCGACCAAUAAAAUAUGUCUAAAACAAAAGCUAGUAAGGAAAUGCAUAAAAAGAAAUGAUAGUUCUCCUCAAGAUAAAUUAUGUGCAUACACACAAAUAGAUCAAGUCCUCAAAUAUCUACUAGAGACCAGCCAAUCACCUCUCUCUAUGUCCUAAGCACAUCAAGUAAUCUAUUCCCUUGAUCCUUAGACAAAUACGAUGAUAUAAUCAUUGGAUAAGCUUGAUGUCAAUCAAAAAAUACAUACUUUAGUGAAGAUGGUUGAUAAGUCUUCAUUAUCAUGAGUUAAUAAUUAAUUAAUAAUAUAGUUUUAAUCUUAACUCAUGAUAAAUAGACUUAUAUUUAUGUCAAAUUAUGAAAAAUAGUUUUUAGUUGGUUAAUUUGGCUAAUUAUGGGAUCUUAUGUGAAUUUAUAUAAUUUUUAUAAUCUGAUUUUUGAGGUAAAUGAAGAAAAAAAAAUAAAAAGAUAGAAGAAAGAGGAAACUUGCCGCCUAGUCGAACCCACAAGCAGGUUGGAAGCAUAGACAGGCGGAAUCGUGAGUAAGGGCUUGAGCAGCUAAAGACGGACCGAUAGGUGACACAUUUGUGUCACUCCCCUUCCACAUCAUUAAUGGCCAGUCAGGCAUGCGACAAAGAGCGGCCGUACACAUGUGAGAAAGGGACACAUUGAUUAUCAAGUCUAGUAUUACUAUAUAUCAACCUCAAAACUCGGAAUAUAAUUAAAUGUGGGACUAAACCUGGGGUCACAGUCUCUGAAAAGUUUUAAUAAUUUUAAUACCUAAAAUAUCCCUUGUUUAGUAAACCACACAAAUUUAAAAUUUAUAAAACUAGAAAAUACUAAUAUUUAGAUAUUUAGAAGUAUUUUUGAAUAAUUAUACCAAUUAUAAUUUAAUCAAAGUUCUAAAAAUAAUGGAGAUUUUUUAGGUCAAUCACAAGGAUGUAAUAUAAUAUCACGUAAUAUUUUAGAAAUGUUCUCAAAUAAUACGAUUUUUUAUGAAUUUUAAACUAAAAAAAAGAAAAGAAAAUAUAUUUUAAAUUUGUGAAAAAGGGAAAUAAAGGUGUAGAUGUCAAGAUGAUGUCAGCACCUAACGAAUGGGAACCGGGUAGAAAUAGCAUUCUACUUGGUGAUUUUUACAUAAGUGAUUAUAGACGAUUUAAUUAGUCAAAUUAAGAUCUGUAAAAGCUAGAAGAAUCGUUACAAGAAGUAUUUUGCAAGUCUUGUUGAUCCUAAUUUCACAUGUGGAAGCCCCACGAAAUCAGCUAAGGUGCUACUACGAUUUUUUUAUUUUUUUUUCUAGUGUAAUCUUUACCAUGUUCUAUCCUUUUGUCUCAGGUUUAAUCAUGAUUAAUGAUUUGUAAAAGCAUCAACUAAUUUGAAAACUUUUCAACCGACUACUGAUCAAGAAAGAGAAGGAUUCAAUUUACUACUCAUAGUUAAUAAUAAGAAUUCAUAACAUAAAUCCGGCAGAAGAUCAAAGUAGAUUUUCUCAAUUUAAGAGUGUGGGUUAUAUGCACCAUGAAAGAUCAUGAACUUCAUCAUUUAGUUAUAAGCAUUAUAGCACCUGAUGUAAUCUCAUGUAUUCACCCUCAUGCAUUUAUUCUUCCCCCCCAAACAACCAUUCGCAUUGUCCUCAAUGCAUCUAUAUAAGAGAAAAAAGAGAAAGCAUUAAAUGUGCAAACUGAUUUUCACUCUUCAUCCUUCUGAUUUUCUUUUGUAUUAAUCUGUGUCAUGAUAUGCACUUCCUCUAGAAUGCUGGAUCUGUUUGCUUAAUAAAAACUCAAGAAAAACAUCAAAGGAUAGAGAAAAAUAAUAAAAAAGGAAUGUAGUGGAAGAGAAAGCUAUGCUAUCUUAGAGUACAUGGUGGAGGGGAAGUUAUAAGAAGAUUGAGGUUCAAUGGAUGGAUCAUAUAAUUGAGCGGAAAUGGGUAAAGAAGGAGGGUUCGUUUCUAAAUAAGGUUUUAAUCUUUGCCCAUUCACAUUAAAAUUUUUACCAGUUUUAAGAUCUGCAAUUAAUAUUGCACCACAGUCAAAAACUUUAAUCACAAGGUAUGGUCCAUCCCAUCUAGAGUUUAAUUUUUCGAGGAAUAUUUUCAAUCGAGAAUUGUAAAGCAAAACUUUUUGAUGCUCAUGAAAACUCUUUCUGCUCACCUUCUUGUUAUAAAAAGCCUUCAUUUUUGCUCUGUAAAUUAGAGACUUCUCAUACAUCUCAUUGGGUAGUUCUUGAAGCUCUUGCAACUGCAACAUACGGUGCUUACCAACGGCGUCUAAAGAGAGAUAAGAUUCUUUAUAGCCUAAUAAGCCUUAUGUUCGAUCUUCAUAGGAAGGUGACAAACCUUUUGAUGCGACUUAGUCGUUGUAUUGUAAAUCACGGAAAUUUAAAAAUUAUAAAACUAGAAAAUACUAAUUUUUAGAUAUCUAGAAAUAUUUCUGAAAAAAUAUAUCAAUUAUAAUUUAAUAAAAUUUACAAAAAUAGUAGUAAUUUUCCAUGUCGAUCACAAGGAUAUAAUAUAAUAUUGGGUAACUUUUUAGUAUAUUCCUCAAAGAUUAUAUUUUUUAAUUAAUUUUAUACUAAGAAAUAAAAAUAAAAUAUAUUUAAAAUUCGUGAAAAAAGGAAAUAAGGGUGCGGAUGUUAGGAUGAUGUCAACAUCCGACAAACGCGAAUCAACAGAAAUAGAGUUCCACCUAGUGAUUCUUGCAUAAGCGAUUACAGAUGAUUUAAUUGAUCAAAUUAAGAUCUGUAAAAGAUGGAAGAAUCGUAAUUGAAUGAAAUAUAGCUUGGUAAAUUUAAAUCACACAAAUUAUUAGUAAUGAAGUACAAAUUAAGUUGAAAGUAGAAACAUAAAGUUCCAGCAUCGCGGCGGUAAUCUAUCGACGAUGCACGGGAAUUCUGAGCAUUCGAGAAGAUUGUCAUGUAGUGUCCACGGCCUCAAACGCUCUCUUUGGACAAAGAUGACAUGGGCAAUCUGUAGAUAUCCUUGCGAAGUUUAGAGAUCAAUGAAAUGGGUCGUCGAAUCGUCUCCAGUAGUUGUCACUCGGAGGAGUGAAAAAAUGAUGACUUUGUGGCUCUCUAAUGGUUGUCACUGACGUGACUUAGUCAUUGUAUAUUAAAUCACACAAAUAUAAAAUUUAUAAAACUAAAAAAUAUGAAUUUUUAGAUAUUUAGAAGUAUUUCUGAACAAAUAUAUCAAUUAUAAUUUAAUAAAAAUUUCCAAAAAUAGCAGUAAUUUUCCAAGUCAAUCACAAAGAUGUAAUAUAAUAUUUGGUAAUUAUUCAGAAUUUUCAGCAAAGAAUACUAUUUUUUAUAAAUUUUAUACUAGGAAAUGAAAAACAAAUAUAUUUAAAAUUUACGGAAAAAGGAAAUAAGGGUGCAGACAUCAAGAUGACGUCAACACCCGACGAACGCGAAUUGGGCGAAAAUAGAGUUCCGCUCAGCACGAUUCUUAUGUAAGUGAUUAUAGACGAUUUAAUUGAUCAAAUUAAGAUUUGUAAAAGCAAGAAGAAUUGUAAUUGAACGAAGUAUAUUUUGGUAAAUUAAAAUCACACAAAUUAUCACUAAAUGAAGCGUAAAGUAAGGUGAAAGAAGGAAAAUAGAGUUCCAGCGUCGCGACGGCGAUACGUCGGCGAUGCACCAGAAUCUUGAGUGUUCGAGAGGAUAGUCAUGCAGUGUCCAUGGCCUCAAAGGCUCUCCUUGGACAAGGACGAUGUGGGCAAUCUCUAGAUCUCCUUACGAAGUCUAGAGAUCAAUGAAAUGAGUCGUCAAAUCAUCUCCGGUGGCUGUCACCCGGCGGAGCAAAAAAACGGCGACUUUGUGACUCUCCGGCGACUGUCACCCGACGGAGAGGAGCUGGAUGGAGGUGGGGCGUGUGUCAGGGAGCUUCAUCCUCAAGUCCGCACUGCAAGAGGAGGCUCUUCAUCACAUCUAGUAUGCUCUCAAGAGGUGGCGACUUGUCUCCUGGCGGAUCGUCUUCUUCCUGACGACGGCUUGUUCGUCGAUCAAUCAGAGAUGCUUUACUCGAUGGAUUCACGAUCCUUGUAUCGCAAAUUGACGUGACUUAGUCAUUGUAUAUUAAAUCAUGCAAAUCUAAAAUUUAUAAAACUAGAAAAUACAAUUUUUCAGAUAUUUAGAAGUAUUUCUGAACAAAUAUAUCAAUUAUAAUUCAAUAAAACUUUCAAAAAUAGUAAUAAUUUUCCAGGUCGAUCAUAGGGAUGUAAUAUAAUAUUUGGUAAUUAUUCAGAUUUUUUUCUCAAUGAAUACGAUUUUCUAUGAAUUUUAUACUAGGAAAUGAAAAGGAAAUAUAUUUAAAAUUCACAAAAAAAGGAAAUAAGGGUGCAGACGUCAAGAUGAUGUCAGCGCCCGGCGAACGCGAAUCGGGCGGAAACAGAGUUCUGCCCAGCGAUUCUUACAUAAGCGAUUACAGACGAUUUAAUUGAUCAAAUUAAGAUUUGUAAAAGCCGAAAGAAUUGUAAUUGAACGAAGUAUAUUUUGGUAAAUUAAAAUCACACAAAGUAUUACUAAAUGAAGUGUAAAUUAAGUUUGAAAGUAGAAAAUAGAGUUCCGGCGUCGCGGCGGCGAUGCGUCGGCGAUGCACCGGAAUCUUAAGUGUUCGGGAGGAUCGUCGUGCAGUGUCCACGGCCUCAAAGGCUCUCCUUGGACAAAGACGACAUGGGCAAUCUCUAGAUCUCCUUGCGAAGUCUAGAGAUUAAUGAAAUGGGUCAUCGACUCGUCUCCGGUGGCUGUCACCCGGCAGAGUGGAAAAAUGGCAACUUUGUGGCUCUUCGGCGGCUGUCACUCGACGAAGAGGAGCUGGAUGGAGGUGGGGUGCGUGUCAGGGAGCUUCAUCUUCAAGUCUGCGCAGCAAGAGGAGGCUCUUCAUCACAUCUAGUACGCUCUCAGGAGGUGACGACUUGUCUCCCGGCGGAUCGUCCUCUUCCCGACGACGGCUUGUUCGUCGAUCAAUCGGAGAUGCUUUACUCGGUGGAUUCACGAUCCUUUUAUUGUGAAUCGUUCAGCAAUUUUAGUAACAAUGCUCCGUAAAUCGUGUUGAUGAGAUUUUUGCCGAUGAUCCAGCGAUUCUGGUUACUUAAUUCUUCACUGGCGAUCUGCAGGAAAGUCGCGAUAAUCAGAUAAAAAAAGAUGAGUUUUGGCUCUGGUAGGAUUUGAACCCACAUCAGUUGCCUGCCCUUUUUGGGGAAGGUGACGCGGGUUUAGUCCCACAUCGGCUGUGCGCCGAAGUUUCUGGCGAAUAUAAAGUAAUAUUACAUUCCCGAUCAAGCGUGCGUGUACGACCACUCCUUGCCCCACAGCCGGCUGGCCACCGGUGACGUGGAAGGGGAGUGGCGUAAACGUGCCCCCAUCGGUUCAAGCCGCUCGAGCCCCUGCUCGCGGCUAUUUCCCAACUGCACUUCCGACCCGCUCGCGGGUCCGGUUGGCUGGCAGGUCCCCCCAUUUUGCAAUAUUUUUAUUUUUAUUUCUUUUUCUUCAUAUAUCUCAAAAGUAAGAUUGUAAAAAUCAUAUAAAUUCGUAUAAAAUCACAUAAUUACCUAAAAAAUCACAUUAAUCAACUGAAAACCACUUUUCACACUUUAACACAAAUAUAAGUCUAUUUAUCAUGAGUUAAGGCUAAAACUAUAUUAUUUACUAAUUAUUAACUCAUGAUAAUGAAGACUUAUCACGAAUCGUUCAGCAAUUUUAGUAACAAUGCUCUGUGAAUCGCGUUGACGAGAUUUUUGCCGAUGAUCCAGCGAUUCUGGUUGCUUAAUCCUUCACCGGCGAUCUAUAGGAAAGUCACGAUAAUCAGAUAAAAAAGAUGAGUUUUGGCUCUAG